AUGGAGCUAAUCUGCAAGACGGACUGCACGUCGACGGUGUUUCACAACCGGUGGGAAAUCGCACCGUUUGACUGUGAGCAGGGCGAGCAGCUGCCGUCGGAUGUGUUUCACGGAUAUUCCGCGCACGGCAGCGACUACGAGGUGGCUUGGCACUACAUUCUGGAGGUGACGGAAUCCGACCAAGUGCUGCACCACAACCGGUUCGUCAAGAGACAUGCCGUUAAGAUAACAACGGUGAUCGAUGCCUGCAAUGCUCAGUUGGAGGCUUGCGUAGAGUUGGAGCCAGGUGUGUACCACGACAAUGAUGGAAAAUAUAAAAGCUUUGGUAAAACAAAAUCCGGUUUGCAGUUUGGACCGAUCCUUAUUUCCGAGGUGUUGGAGAACUACGCAAGUCUGCUCUCAAAUGAGCAACUCAGCGAUGUAACGAUCCACGUUGACCAGAAGAAGUUCUACGCCCAAAGGGCGAUUCUCUCGGUUCGAAGUCCCGUGUUUGCGGCCAUGUUCCAGAGUGGAAUGCAAGAGUCGGCGCUGAACCGUAUCGUGAUCGAGGACAUCGAACCGGAUGUGUUCGAGGAAGUGCUUCGCUUCAUCUACGUCGGCAAAGUGAUGGGACUGGAGCGGAUGGCCCACGAGCUACUGGCCGCCGCCGACAAGUACGCGCUGGACAGGCUGAGGAAGAUGUGCGAGAGACAUCUUAUUGACCAUAUUACGCAGGAAACGGUUCUCAAAACACUGGCGCUGGCUGAUUUGUAUCACGCAGAGGAGCUGAAAAAGCAGGCGGUUCGAUUCAUCUGCGAUAACAUCAAGUUGAUGCAAUCGACGGAUUGGAAAGCUUUUGUUGACUCUCAUCCGGAUCUGGUUGUGGUCAUUUUGAGUGCCAUGACCAUUGAUUGA